UCCCGGCGCAAGUGAGUUUGCCUAGGCCCCAGCCUCGCCCAGGACACCCUGGUGCUGCCAUCAUGCAUGACGCCGUGUGUCUGCUGCUCCUGGUCCUGCUGCUCCCCCUGUCCUGCGUCUCGGGGCUGCCCUUCUACAAUGGCUUUUACUACUCCAGCAGUCCCCAUGACCAGCACCCGGGCAACGGCUAUGGUGAAGGCCUCUUCCACAAAGUGAAGCUGGUGGUAGAGACACCUGAGGAGACCCUGUUCUCCUACGAAGGGGCCAACGUGACCCUGCCAUGCUGGUACUACUACAAGCCGGCCCCGGCCUCCCCCAGGCCCGUGCGUAUCAAAUGGUGGAAGCUGUCAGAGAAUGGGACCCUGGAUCAGGACGUGCUGGUGGCCAUCGGACUAAGGCACCGCUCCUUUGGAGAUUACCGAGGCCGCGUGCACCUGCAGCAGGACGAGGAGCACCAAGUGUCCCUGGAGAUCCAGGACCUGCGGCUGGAGGACUGUGGGCGCUACCGCUGCGAGGUCAUCGAUGGGCUGGAGGACCAGAGCGGCCUGGUGGAACUGGAGCUGCGAGCUCGUAAAUGGCAGAGCAGGGGUUGGACCCCAGGCAGUCAGGCUCCAGAAUCCACUACUCUCUACUCCCCCGUGUUCAUACCGCAUUCCAAGAGAGGAAAGCGGGAACUGGUCACACAGCGAGAGACAGAGCUGGUAUUUGAGCAGGGUUGA